AUGGAACGCGCUGCCCGCUCGGGGCCGCUCGCCGGGCCGCGGCCGUUGCUGCUGCUGCUGGGGCUCUGGGCGCUGACGGAAGCUGCGGGGCGCGCCCAAGACCUGCCCGCCCCGGCGGUGGAGGCGGCGUUUGGCCUGGGGGCCGCGGCGGCUCCCACCUGGGCCGCGCGGGUGCCGGCUGCGGCGCUGACGGCGGCUGAGGUGACGGUGGAGGAUGCAGAGGCGUUGCCGGCGGCCUCGGGCGAGCGGGAGCCAUGGGAGCCCGACCAAGAGCCAGAGCUGCAGCCGCAUGGCAGAUCAUUAGUGAUUAUCAGCACUUUAGAUGGGCGAAUUGCUGCCUUGGAUCCAGAGAACCAUGGUAAAAAGCAAUGGGAUUUGGAUGUGGGAUCCGGCUCCUUGGUUUCAUCCAGCUUUAGCAAACCAGAGGUUUUCGGGAAUAAGAUAAUCAUUCCUUCCCUGGAUGGAGACCUCUUCCAGUUGGACCAAGACCGUCAGAGCAUGGAAAUAGUCCCUUUUACAGUUGAAUCACUUCUUGAAUCGUCUUACAAGUUUGGAGAUGAUGUUGUUUUGGUUGGAGGGCAGACUCUCACUACAUAUGGACUCAGUGCAUAUAGUGGAAAGGUGAGGUACAUCUGUUCAGCAUUGGGUUGUCGCCGAUGGGACAAUGAUGAAAUGGAACAAGAAGACAUCCUGCUUCUGCAACGCACCCAGAAAACUGUUAGAGCUGUUGGGCCUCGCAAUGGCAAUGAGAAGUGGAAUUUCAGUGUUGGCCACUUUGAACUUCAGUAUAUUCCAGACAUGGAAACUAGAGCCGGAUUUAUUGAAAGCACUGUAAAACCCAGUCAGAACAAAGAGUCUGAAAUUAUCUCAGAUGUGGAAGAACAGGAAGCUGCCAUAGUGGACACAGUGAUAAAAGUCUCUGUUGCGGAUUGGAAAGUUAAGGCCUUUAAUAAAAAGGGAGGACAUCUAGAAUGGGAAUAUCAGUUUUGUACUCCCAUUGCAUCUGCCUGGUUGGUGAAGGAUGGCAAAGUCAUUCCCAUUAGUCUUUUUGAUGAUACAACUUAUACAUCUAAUGAUGGUGUUUUAGAAAAUGAAGAAGAUAUUGUAGAAGCUGCCCGAGGAGCCACAGAAAGUAGUGUUUACUUGGGAACAUACAGAGGCCAGCCGUAUCUGCAGACAUCUGUCAGAAUUUCAGAAAAGUUUCCUACAAAUCCCAAGGCCUUGGAAUCUGUUAAUAAUAAAAAUGAAAUUAUUCCUUUGCCAACAAUCAAAUGGAAACCCUUAAUACAUUCUCCUUCAAGAACGCCUAUCUUGGUAGGGUCUGAUGAAUUUGACAAAUGUCUUAGUAAUGAUAAGUUUUCUCAUGAAGAGUACAGUAAUGGCGCACUUUCAAUCUUGCAGUAUCCAUAUGAUAAUGGUUAUUAUCUACCAUACUACCAGAGGGAGAGGAGCAGACGGAGUAUAGGGAGCACCCAAAUCACAGUCCGAGUUCUGGAGAGCCCGGACUACAGCAAGAAUGUCCGCAGAAAGGACCCUGUUCUCCUCCUACACUGGUGGAAAGAAAUAGCUGGGACUAUUCUGUUCUGUAUCAUUACAACAACUUUUAUUGUGCGCAGACUUUUCCAUCCUCAUCCUCACAGACAAAGAAAGGAAUCUGAAACUCAAUGUCAAACUGAAAAUAAAUAUGAUUCUGUAAGUGGAGAAGCUAAUGAUACUAGCUGGAAUGACAUAAAAAAUUCUGGAUAUAUAUCACGAUAUCUAACAGAUUUUGAACCAAUUCAGUGCUUGGGUCGUGGUGGGUUUGGAGUUGUCUUUGAAGCUAGAAACAAAGUAGAUGACUGCAAUUAUGCUAUCAAGAGAAUCCGUCUCCCCAACAGGGAAUUGGCUCGGGAGAAGGUAAUGCGAGAAGUUAAAGCCUUAGCCAAGCUGGAACACCCAGGCAUUGUCAGAUAUUUCAAUGCUUGGUUGGAAGCACCACCGGAGAAAUGGCAAGAAAAAAUGGAUGAAAUUUGGCUGAAAGAUGAAAGCACAGACUGGCCACUCAGCUCUCCCAGUCCAGUAGAUCCACCAUCGGUUAAAAUAUGCAGAAUGGAUCCUUUCUCUACAAAGGAACGUAUUGAAAUCAUAGCUCCUUCACCACAAAGAAGCAGGUCUUUUUCAGUAGGGAUUUCCUGUGGCCAGACAAGUUCAUCUGAGAGCAACUUUUCUCCACUGGAAUUUUCAGGACUUGGCCAUGGAGAUACCAGUGCAUCAGUGGGUGCAGUGCACAACCUUCAGGACAGCUGCCUCACAGACUGUGAAGUGGAAGAUGGCACCAUGGAAGGCAGUGAAGAGGGGCACUCCUUUGAACUUUGUCCCUCUGAAACUUCUUCUUAUGUAAAGUCCAGGGAGAGAACCUCCUCUUCCAUAGUGUUUGAAGAUUCAGGCUGUGAUAAUGCAUCCAGUAAAGAAGGGCCCAAAGCUAACCAACUGCAUGUUGGCAACCAUUAUGCUAAUAAACUAACUGCUGUCAAGCAUUCCAGUAGCAAAUCUUCGGAACCUAGUUUGUCUAUUUCUCUUCCAAGACCAACCACUUUAAGUCUAGAUCUCACUAAAAACACUGCAGAAAAACUGCAGCCCAGUUCCCCAAAAGUAUAUCUUUACAUUCAGAUGCAGCUGUGCAGAAAAGAGAAUCUAAAGGACUGGAUGAACAGCCGGUGCAGCAUGGAGGAGAGAGGGUGGGCCACGUGCCUGCACAUCUUCCUGCAGAUCGCAGAGGCUGUGGAGUUCCUGCACAGUAAGGGGCUCAUGCACAGAGACCUCAAGCCUUCCAACAUAUUCUUUACAAUGGAUGACGUGGUCAAAGUUGGAGACUUUGGAUUAGUGACAGCAAUGGACCAGGAUGAGGAAGAGCCAAUGGUUCUGACCCCAAUGCCAGCAUAUGCUCGGCACACGGGACAAGUAGGGACCAAACUUUAUAUGAGCCCAGAACAGAUUCAUGGAAACAACUACUCUCAUAAAGUGGACAUCUUUUCUUUAGGCCUCAUUCUGUUUGAGUUGUUGUACCCAUUUGGCACUCAGAUGGAGAGAGUCAGGGUCUUAACUGAUGUAAGAAAUCUUAGAUUUCCACCACUGUUUACUCAGAAAUAUCCUCGUGAGUAUAUGAUGGUUCAAGACAUGCUCUCUCCAUCUCCCAUGGAGCGGCCUGAAGCUGCACACAUCAUUGAAAAUACUGUAUUUGAGGACUUGGAGUUUCCAGGAAAAACUGUGCUCAGGCAGAGGUCCCGCUCUGUGAGUUCAUCAGGAACAAAACAGUCAAGACACUCCAGCGACUCCCAUAGCCCUUUGCCAAGCAGCUCACCUUAG